GAGGAGCUAUGUCAACCAGCCCCACCUUGUUGUUUGAAAUUUGCUGUGCUCUGCUUUUACUUCUCCUCUUACCUUUACCUCUCCUUUUACCUUGUAUACAAUACUUAAACUAGUUUCAAAUGGCUUCAAAACCAUCACAUUUCCCAUUAGAUAUUAGCAAGUUAAACUUUGUCUUACAAGUCUUGAAGCACUACAAAUUUCCUGAAGCAAGAUGGUUUAAAUUUGGAUUGAAUCUUGGUCUCCUUCAUCCUACACUGAAAGCUAUUGAGUCAGCUAAUAAGGAAGAUCCUGCAAAUUGCCUGAUGGAAUGUUUAGCCAAGUGGUUGACUGAAGGCUCUGAUCAUACUCUUGUAUGGCAGACACUGGCUAAUGCACUCCGUGGAAUGAAUCUAAUAUCCAUUUCUACUGAUAUUCGCAAAACAAUGGCAGAUCCUGUUAGUGAGAUAUUACAGUGUUAUAUUAGUAGACUAGCUCAAGUUGUUCUUACUGAGGAAUCAGUUGAUCUCUUACAUACAGAGGGAUUGAUAUCUAAGGAUACAUUAACAGAAGUGAAGAGUUGCGGUUGUUCAUUGCUAGGAGAUCCAAUGUUACUAAUAUUAAGUGGUGUAGCUGAAGAUCAUAGCAAGUUAUGUACUCUGACAAGCAUUCUAAUGAAAUCAAAGGAAGCAGUGUCUUUAUUAGUACUCAGUCUCUUUCUGAACUAA